GUGGCGAUCAAACACAUCCCCAAAGUUGAUGUGGAGUAUGAACCACUGGUUCUUGAUGGAGUGAUACACUUGAUCCCCCUGGAGGUGUACCUCAUGCUCAGAGCGGCAGGUGGACCUGAGUCAUUGGGGAGAUCUGCGGCCGUGACAUUGCUGGACUGGUUUGAUCUGGAACACGAGCUUCUCCUGGUCAUGGAGAGACCAGUUCCCUCUAUGGAUCUGUUAAGCUUUAUUGAAGACAAAGGUCCCCUGAGCGAGGACCAGGCUAAGGACAUCAUGAAACAGCUGGUGGAGGGAGCAAUCCAAAUGCACUCUCUCAAAGUCUUUCAUCGGGACAUUAAAACUGAAAAUGUCCUCGUUGAGACUGGCUCUGAUGUUCCUCGAGUGAGGAUUAUCGAUUUUGGAUGUGGCUGCUUCAUUAAUAACGAACCUCUCCGCAGCUUUUCUGGAACCUCUGCGUUCGUACCUCCAGAGUUCAAAGCGCACGGGGAGUAUGAGGCUGAACCCACCACAGUCUGGCAGCUAGGCGCACUACUUUAUGAAAUUAUGGAUGGACACAAGCAAUUUAGCACCUCCAAGUUCCUCCGCAACAAAAUUAAAUUCAGCCAUACGCUGUCCAAAGACUGCCAUGAUUUUUUGAAUGGAUGUUUAGCUCUAAACCCCAAAGAGCGCGCCACCCUGGAGCAGAUGCGGCUGCACCCCUG